AUGCGUCUCAACCGGACGUGUAUGCGAUGGCUACGGCAUCUGGGGCGGUGGCUCCAGAGCUUCAGAGCCUGUUUGCUUCGAUGCAUGCACCGUGCCAAUGACUCCCCAUUCCGUAAGGGUAGUACAAUCCCAUACUAG